GUCGGGCAGGCUCUAACUGACUCCUCAAACUCCAGCUGACGGCAUGGCUGGUGACGAUUUUCUGACGACAUCCGUAAGAUCUGAACGUCGUGAACAAUGGACUAUGCUACGCAUCGCGCUUCGUGGCUUGCUACGGCGCAAUUCAAAGGCUCAAAUAGCCAGACCAGGAGCAGCUCAUUCAUCAGCCCCUUCAGUUUCGUAAUUCCAUUUCCAGAAUCUUGUUUCACACAGGCAUUCCGCCAGUACAUUUUGCAGCAGUAUAUCUCUCGCGCUGCGCUGAUCUGCUGUCCACUGCCUGUUCGCGCGUAAAUCCUGUGUGAAACGCUGCUGUUUCCUCGGCCUCCGCUGCCGCAGACGCCCGUUUCGGUGAACGCCCGCUGUUCUACGCAAUGACGACGGCAGGAGGAACUGGCUCAGUUCGAAUUGGGACUUCAGAAGCGCCGCGAGUGCCGGAGAUCAUGUCCGCGUGGCAGUACUCCAAGCACGGCGGCGGGGCCGAUGCUCUCUCGUUAAACAGCAACGUCCCCGUGCCCAAGCUGGCCAAGGGCGAGGUGCUGGUGCGAGUGCGCGCGGCGAGCAUCAACCCGGGCGACUGGAAGGUGCAAUCCGGACUCCUCCCCUUCCUGCCGCUGCGCUUCCCCGCCACCGCUGGCUAUGACCUUGCAGGCAAGGUGGUGGGAGCCGGGCCUGGCGUCACCAAGUACACUGUGGGGGACGCUGUCUUUGGAAGGGCGCCUUUCUUUAAAAUGGGUGCCCUGGCGCAAUACGCCUUACUAGACCAGGACGGCAGUGCACACAAGCCCCCCUCUCUGUCCUUUGAGACCGCUGCUGCUCUCCCAUCCGCCGGCCUCACUGCCCUGCAGGCCGUGAGGGACUAUGCUGGCCUGCCUCUCCCUGUAGCGCCGCAUAGUCGGGAAGGAAGCGGUGACAGCACCACCACGAUAAAGAGCAGCAGCAGCAGGUGCAGCACACGGGUGUUGGUGGCGAAUGCAUCAGGGGGAGUGGGGCACCUGGCAGUGCAGCUGGCCAAGGCAGCAGGAGCACACGUCACAGCCACCGUAGGCGCUCGCAACCUCGCCUUUGCACGGAACCUGGGAGCAGACGAGGUGCUGGACUACAACUCCGCUGAGGGAAAACAGCUCUUCCCUUCCCCAUCCCCAUCACCUGUCACCAGCCUUUCUGCUCCUACCGCUGUGCAGAAUGCUUCAGCCGUGCCCCCCCCUAUUAAUGGGCUCUAUGAUGCAGUGAUAGGUUGCGCUUUCAACAGCCCAGCGGUUUCUGCUGUGGAUAGGGUCCUCCGUCCGGAAGGGAAGUGGGUGCAUGUUUCACCCGCGCUCUCAGAGUUUGCACUGGGGCUUUGGCGUCGUUUUGCCCUUCGCCCCAAGAAGAUUUUCUGUGUCAUGGUGGAGAAUAGGGGGGCUGAUUUGGAGGUGUUGGGACGGAUGGUGGGGGAGGGGAAAGUGAAGGUGGUGGUGGAGAGUAGUGUGCCGUUUGAAGAGGCUAGAGAGGCGUGGAGGAAGAGCAUGGAAGGGCAUGUGACAGGGAAGUUAGUGGUUAGGAUGGAGUGAAGGCCAAAUUGGUUGUAUAAUGUAUUGUUGUAUAAAUGUUUCUCUCUGUA